UUUGCGCAAAGUGGAGCCCGGGCUCGGCCUCCGGGCAGCCUCCAGCUGCGCCUCCCGGCCUUCCAGCUCCGCGCGCGGCGGAGCCGCGGCCCAUGGAGCCCGCCGGCCCGGCCCCCGGCCGCCUCGGGCCGCUGCUCUGCCUGCUGCUCGCCGCGUCCUGCGCCGUGUCAGCAGCGGCAGCACAGGAGGAGCUGCGGGUGACUCAGCCUGACCGCUGGGUGUCGGUGGCAGAGGGAGACACGGCCACUCUGCGCUGCACCAUGAACACCCUGCUGCCCGUGGGGCCCAUUAAGUGGUACAGAGGGGCUGGGCCAGACCGGAAGGAGAUCUACAGCUUCAAGGGAGGCCACUACCCCCGAGUCACAAACGUCUCAGAUGCCACAAAGCGAAACAACACGGACUUUUCCAUCCGCAUCCGUGACAUCACCCCAGCGGACGCCGGCACCUACUACUGCGUCAAGUUCCGGAAGCAGGGUGGCGAUGACGUGGAGUUUAAGUCUGGAGGAGGCACGCAGGUGUCUGUGAGUGCCAAGCCCUCCACCCCGAAGGUGUCGGGGCCUGGGGCGAGGGCCACCCCGGAGCAGACAGUGGACUUCACGUGUGAGUCCCACGGAUUCUCCCCCCGCAACAUCAGCCUGAAAUGGUUUAAAAACGGGAACGAGCUCCCGGCCUUCCAGACCAGCGUGUACCCCGCGGGAGAAAGCGUCUCCUACAACGUCACCAGCACUGCCAAGGUGGCCCUGGCUUCCAGCGAUGUGCACUCCCAGGUCAUCUGCGAGGUGGCCCACAUCACCCUGCAGGGAGGCCCCCCUCUCCGUGGGACUGCCAACCUGUCUGAGACCAUCCGAGUUCCCCCCACUGUGGAGGUCAGACAGCAGCCCAUGGGGGCAGGGACCCAGGUGAACGUCACCUGCCACGUGGACAAGUUCUACCCCCGGGACCUGCAGCUGAGCUGGCUGGAGAAUGGAAACGUGUCCCGGACAGAGUCGGCCUGGACCCUGGUGGAGAACAAGGACGGGACCUACAACCGCACGAGCUGGCUCCUGGUGAACUCCUCCGCCCACAGGGAAGACGUGGUGCUGUCCUGCCAGGUGGAGCAUGACGGGCAGCCGGUGGUCACCAGAAUCCACACCCUGCAGGUCUCUGCCCCGCCCAAGGAGCAGGGCACAGACACCAGCCUUGACCAGACUGACAACUGGAAUGUCUUUAUCGUGGUGGGUGUGGUGUGCGCCCUGCUGGUGGUCCUGCUGAUGGCGGCUCUCUACCUCCUCCGACUCAGACAGAAGAAAGCCAAGGGCUCCACUUCUUCGACAAGGUUGCAUGAGCCCGAGAAGAACGCCAGAGAAAUAACCCAGGUACAGUCCUUGAUCCAAGAUAGCAAUGACAUCAAUGACAUCACGUACGCAGACCUCAACCUGCCCAAGGGGAAGAAGGCCGCCCCCCGGGCUGCCGAGCCCAACAACCACACGGAGUACGCCAGCAUUCAGAUUGGUCCUCCGCCCGCCACUGAGGACACCCUCACCUACGCCGACCUGGACAUGGUGCAUCUCAACCGCACCCCCAAGCAGCCAACCCCCAAGCCCGAGCCAUCCUUCUCCGAGUACGCCAGCGUCCAGGUGCAGAGGAAGUGAAUGGGACUUCUGUCCGCUCGAGGGCCUGUCCCCGAGAGCUUUCUUGUCCCGCAUGGAGCAGCUGUGAUGGGGACAUCCAGCCCAGUUCCCAGAGGCGAGGCCCUGGGACCCAGGGCCAGGGUGGCUCUUCUGUCCCCAGCCCCCUUGGCUCUCCACCACGUCCGGGGCUGCCACGGCCCCACUCCUGGCCACACACCUGGAGGCUGGUGUUGCUGAACCAGCCAGGAAACUGACCAGAGCUGCCUGGAGCCCACGCACUCUGGUGCCUCCGUCCACCCAGCGUUUGGGUCUGAGUCAUGGGUGAGGACCCUGGACUGCCUCCUGUGUCUUGGGAAGCCUGAUCUUCCAGGGUGAGGAAGACGAAACCCUACUUCCCACCGCCACCACCCCCAGCGGGGGCUCUGGGGAAAUCUUUCCCUUUAGAUCACACGGCCCCACCCAUGGCGAGGCUGGAACGAGACUUGGUGAGGUUGCUGCCAACACACUUGGCCCCCCUGGGUCCCUGGGCUGCUGAGCCACAUGCCCUGGGGGGAGGGGGGACCCUUGAGGAUCACCCCAGCCCCCUAAAGGACCUCAAGACAAAACCCCCCUCUUCCUGGGGCUCCUCCUCACCUCCUUGGGGACCCGUGGUCCCACCCCUCCUCUCUAGACCCGAGCUUGCUCCUGCCAGCUAGCACUAACUCAGCAACAUCUCGCUAGGGACGCCUGUAAAUUACUGAGAAAUGUGAAACGUGCAAUUUUGAACCUGAGCUGUUAGAAAACUUGA